AUGGAGUUGCAAAUUCAGAAUCAUAAUAACUGCACGCGAUAUAUGACGGAGCUCUUGCUUGGCUGGCCCGCAAGCAACUUAAUCAGUCCACACCAGCGCUACCACGACUCGCAGUCAAGCCCAAAAGACUACGAAGUUUGGGUUUACAGCAGACGGCUUUUGCUUGAUAUGGAAACGCGCAAGAAACCUACAAGCACCAUUGGUGGGGCCGCGACCGACGAUCGUGGAGUGUUUGGUGAUGUUAGCUCCCGUAUUCUCGGCUUCUCCGUCAUCCACAUAGUGGCUCGCUUUAUUCUUCGCAAAGCUAGAUGUCCACACCGAGAGAUUGACAAACUUUGGGUAUUGACAUAUCGGACUCUGAAGACUCUGGAAGCCUUGAACUUCCUUCAUCCUACCUCCACAAUGAAGUUCGCUACUGUACUUGGUCUCUUGUCAUUGGCAACCGCCGUAACCGCAGAGCACUACUGCUUCGGCGGCUGCGUCAAGUGCUACUGCGGCGACAUCCAGUACGACGACCACCGAUGCUCCAUGUGCACCUGUAAUCCCAACGCGUACAAGUCCACCAACUCCGAAAACAAGCAAGGCAACUGCGAUCAGCCUGGCGGAUUCCAUCUCGGAUGCGGUUAUAACUCGAACGGAAACUGCAAAUAA